AUGCUAUUAUCCUUUAAAUUUGAUAUGGUAGUUAUUAAUGUUCAACCAGCAUUAGGUGUCAAAUGUUUUUGUAAAUGUUGUACAACAAAAGGAUGUAAAGUAUCAUCAACACCAAGUGGUUCCUACGAUGUUGCUACCGUUUGUCAAGCACCCUCGACUUGUAACAGUCUUGGAUGUUCGAUCAAACUUCCAGCAUUAUGUACAGCACCAGGUGCCGAUGGAAAUACGGAAGAGUUUGGGUAUGAUAAACCAUUUCGUUAUCAGGUUGCUUAUUUAAAAUGUUCUACCAAUGGUCGAUUUCAUGUAUCGGAAGAAUUAGUCAAAACAUUUGGAUUAGAAGGUGAUUUAGAGUCAACAUUAAACUUUUUACAUUAA